AUGUUAAAAAAUAUUAUUAAUAAAAAGAAUUUAUUUAUUAAUAAUCAACAAAACAUCUUUCAAAUAAUUAAAAGAAAUAAAAUGACAGAUAGUACAGUUGAUAAUAAAGGAUAUAUUGUAGGUAUCUACGAGAAUGAAGAGUUUACACCAUUAGGUCAACAGUUAAAUGAAAAGACAAAUGGUCAUUUAUUGAAGAGUAUUAAAUUAUCAGAUACCAAAGGUAAAGUUGGAGAUAAUUUAGUUUUAUACAAUGUCACACCAGAGGUUUCAAGAGUUGCAAUCGUUGGCUUGGGUAAGAAAGAAAAUAAUAAUAGCACCACCUAUGAAAAGAAUGAAAACACUCGUAAAGCAAUCGGUAGUGGUGUUAAAGCAUUGAAAUCAAAGAAUGCCACCCAUUUAACCAUCGAUUCAAACAUUGGUGAUGCCAAACAAACUGCAGAGGGUGCAUUCCUUUCAAACUUCAAAUUUGAUUUCAAAACAGGUACUUCUGGUAAAACAGCCAAUUCCACCAAUGAAUCCAUUCAAGUUCAAUUAUCACCAUCACCAUCAAGUGAAGAAUGUUUUAAAGAAGGUAAAAUCUUGGCUGAAUCUCAAAAUUUCGCAAGAGUUUUAAUGGAGACACCAGCAAAUCUUUUAACACCAACCAAUUUCGUUCAACAUGUUAGCAGUCAAAUGAAAGAGUUAAUCGAUAGUGGAAAGGUGGAGAUGAUCGUCCGUGAAGAACAAUGGGUUAAAGAUCAAAAGAUGGGUAUGUUUUGGGGUGUUGCUAAAGGUUCCGAUGAACCAUUGAAAUUCUUAGAACUUCACUAUCGUGGUGCAUCUGCCGAUGGUAAGGAUUCAAUAGUUUAUGUUGGUAAAGGUAUCACUUUUGAUAGUGGUGGUAUUUCAAUUAAACCAUCAGCAAAUAUGGGUUUAAUGAAGGGUGAUAUGGGUGGUGCUGCCACUGCUGUCUCUGCAAUGUUUGGUGUUGCUUCAUUGGGUUUAAAGGUCAAUUUAAUUACAAUCACUCCAUUAUGUGAAAAUAUGCCAUCAGGUAAAGCAACUAAACCAGGUGAUAUCCUUACCGCUGCAAAUGGUAAAACCGUUGAAGUCGACAAUACCGAUGCCGAGGGUCGUUUAAUCUUGGGUGAUGCUUUACAUUAUGCUUGUUCAUUCAAACCAACUCAUAUCAUUGAUAUCGCUACCUUGACUGGUGCCAUCGAUGUUGCCUUGGGUCAACAUUAUGCUGGUUGUUUUACAACCACCGACUCACUUUGGGAUCAAUUAAAUGAAUGUGGUAACAUUAGUGGUGAAAGAUUAUGGAGAAUGCCAUUGAUUCCAGAAUAUCGUAAACAAAUGGAAACCUCAAAAGUUGCCGAUUUAAUCAAUUCUGCUGGUCGUUCAGGUGGUGCUUGUUGUGCUGCUGGUUUCCUUAAAGAAUUCAUUACAGCCGAUCAAUCUUGGUCUCACCUUGAUAUUGCUGGUGUUAUGUCAUCAUCUGAAGAUGGUCCAUACAUUAGAAAAGGUAUGACUGGUAAACCAACUCGUACUUUAAUAGAAUUUGCUAAAAAGAAUCAACAAUAA